AUGCAGCUCUCCACGACGGAGCCCUUCCUGGGGAGCAAAGUCUUGGACAACCUGAUCUGUCCCAAAGGCCUCGAGGAGUUCCAGACUUUCCACGCGCCUCCGCCAGCCCAAAUAAUUUUGCAAUCAAUGCACAAAUACAAGCCCCGAGUCCACAUUAUCAUCCAGGAUUCCCGGUUUGAUCUUUCCCAGACCCCGUCUUUGCCUGCAGCUGGUGUUCAGACCUUCUCGUUUAAAGAAACCGAAUUUACGACGGUCACCGCUUAUCAAAACCAGCAGAUAACAAAACUGAAGAUUGACCGCAAUCCAUUUGCCAAAGGAUUUAGAGACCCCGGAAGAAACAGAGGAGUUUUGGAUGGACUUCUGGAAUCCUAUCCAUGGAGACCUUCUCUGACCUUAGAUUUUAAGCAUUUCGGGACAGAACGUCCGAGUGGGAGUUCUGGUUCGUCUCCUGUAACACCCUCUGGGGGAACCCCAUCACCUCUCAGCUCCCUCCUUUCUCCGGCAGGUUCUCCUCCUACUUUUCACCUCUCUGCAACCAAUCUUGGCAUGCCCUGCCCGGAUUCUUACCUGCAUCAUCUUGGUCUACCCAUCUGCUACAAGAUUUGCCCUACCAAUCUUUUAAGACAGCCGUCCCUGAUGUUCCCAAACCACCAUAAGUUGGGAAGUGCCACCGGUCCUCACUUUUUCCCCCACUUCAUGGUGGAGGUGCCCACUUUGUCUUCUCUGAGCAUUGGCAACGUUAGAAGUGGCAAAGCAGAAGAUCUAGAUGGAGUGGUGUCCCAGGGGCCCAGUUCUGCUGGCCAGAUGUUGUACGGCUUGCAUGCGUCUGGAAACAUUUUCCCGUCAGCGCCCGUUGCCCGAGAAACUUUAAACUGUGCCUUGCAUCCCCCUUAUGGGUUCUACGGUUAUAACUUUUCGGUGCCUUCUAGGUUAAUGAAUUCACUGAGCCACUUCAAAGUGAGCGAUGGCAUGCCCCCUCUGCUCCAGGACAGCAGGUGUAAUCAUUCUCCCUGGACAUCCACAGUUAACCACUGCCUCUAAAAAAAACAACUUCUAAUCUUUCAAAAGUCAGGCCACAGAUGAUUUCUGGACCACAUCCUUCACCAAACACUAAUGGACUGCAAUGUUUGGAACGUUGCAAAACACAAGGAAAUGGACGAAGUGGCUUCCUGGAAUUUUAUUCCUGUUCAUUGACAGGGAAAACUCUGUGCCUGCCUCAGUGGGUGGGUAAUAAAUUGGAGAAUAAAGAAGAUGAACUUUGAUGGAGGUUUGCAAGUUCCUUUGCCAGGAUGAUGGAGGGUGAAACAUACUUAAGGUCCACAACAGGUAGAUAAUAUUCAGAAGUGGCUCAGACGGACAUCUCCUUAAUUCACCAAACGAUAAAAAGUUGGUGGAAGAAGCACAACACAACGAGACUCGCAAGAAAUUAUUUUGGGGAGGAGGAAAAAAACGCUUCUGAGAAACCUUAACCAAAACUCUAAGCAAGCUUUCCUCACUGACUUUCUUGAGAACAUCUGAUAAAAGAGAUAAAAAGCACUAUGAACCAAUUAGCGUCAGAGAUGUUCUCAUAUGUGUAGGAAAGAGACGGUCAUAAAAGCUAAUUUAUUUGGUUGCCUGGCUUAAAAGUAAAGCUGUUCUUUGAAUAUUUGCACUUUGCAGCAGAAUUGAAAUGUCGUGUCGUGAUUGAAAUGUAACGGUGAUCCAAAUAUUCAUGAGAUUUUUGUUAUCUUUCAUCUGAGAAUUGUUUUGAGAAUAUCGCUUAAUCCUGAAGUUGGUUUCUUGGCUCUUUUAAAGAGCUCAUGCUAGUCGUUCUUUUCGUCAACGGUUCCCUGAGUAAAAGCACUUCAUUGUCUUAUCUCCUUCCAUAUUAACCGCUUAUUGUCAACUUCAAAGUAUUCUGCAGCUUUGAAUUAUUGUUAUUGAUAUUAUUAUAUGUACUGCAAGGAGUCAUUUGCAUAUGGUUAGGGCUAUUUCUGAAUGUUCUUUCCUUGUGUAUAUAUGAUCCAUGAUCUUCUUCUACAUAAAUUAAAGAAAUAUAUUGUGUAUUUGGG